CGGCUCGAUGUGAUAAUGGACAACGACUACUCGUCCGGCUUGGAAAACCCUCUGUACAGCGAGCUGAAAUACUUCUGUCGGAAGAUACAGGAGGCCUACAACGAGCUGAAGGAGGACCUGACACCUUACCGAGAUGAUCGAUUUUACAGAUUGGCCCCCAUGCGGCUCUACUCCCUGUCGAAAAGGCAUUUUGUCUUGGUCUUCGUGUUGUUCCUGAUCUGCUUUGCCCUCACAGUCUUUAUUGGAAUUGCAGGUCCUAGGAUUAUUUCUGAGCAAGAACACAACGGUGACCAGUUACUUCUCAAAAACCUCUCAGUUAAGACUGGGCCCUUCAGUCUGGUUUCUCCUCCCCUCACCACCUACAACCAGCAGCUAUGGCUCACCUGUGUGAUGCAGGCUGAACACAGCAAUAUGGAAGACUUCCACCAGCCUUUCGAGAUCACUGUUGAGCUAAAGGGAGUGAUGCAGGAUGCCAGUGUGAUGCACAUCAACAGCGUGCACCAGAAAUCACGAACACUACACUGUGGAGCUAAAUGUGAUGAGAUCAUUGUGCUCCAUCUGGGCUAUCUGAACUACACCCAGUACCAGGUCAUGGUCAGCUUCAAAGGCCUUGAAAAUAUCACAUGUGAAAUUAAAGUCAAGUUUGUGUGGAAAACAUACAACCCCACCUUCUCACAAGUGGAGAUCUGGUUCCGGUUCGUCUUUGUGGUGUUGACAUUCAUGGUGACGUGUAUGUUUGCACACUCACUGAGGAAGUUUUCUAUGAGGGACUGGGGUAUAGAGCAGAAGUGGAUGUCUAUCCUGCUCCCUUUGCUGCUACUCUACAACGAUCCAUUUUUCCCGCUGUCAUUCCUCGUGAACAGCUGGUUUCCAGGGACGUUAGAUGCUUUCUUUCAGGCUCUGUUCCUGUGUGCACUGCUGCUCUUCUGGCUCUGUGUUUAUCAUGGCAUCAGGGUUCAGGGUGAGAGGAAAUGUCUGACGUUCUACCUGCCCAAACUGAUCAUUGUGGGUCUUUUGUGGCUCUCAGCGGUUACACUGGGCAUCUGGCAAACGGUUAAUGAACUCCAAGACCCCACCUAUCAGUACAAAGUGGACAUAGUGAACUUUCAGGGCAUGAAGGUCUUCUUCCUGAUUGUAGUUGCCCUCUACAUCCUCUACCUGAUUUUCCUGGUCGUCAGAGCUUGUUCUGAACUCAAGAACAUGCCUUACUCAGAUCUCCGGCUCAGGUUUUUGACAGCACUCACGUUUGUAGUCCUUGUUAUAAGCAUGGUCAUUCUCUACCUGAGGUUUGGUGCCAAGGCUCUCCAGGACAAUUUUGUCGCUGAACUUUCAACUCAUUACCAAAAUUCAGCUGAAUUUUUAUCAUUCUAUGGCCUCCUCAACUUUUACUUGUACACAUUAGCAUUUGUGUAUUCCCCCUCCAAAAAUGCCCUUUAUGACUCCCAAUUGAAGGAUAAUCCUGCUUUCUCCAUGCUUAAUGACUCAGAUGAUGAAGUAAUAUAUGGGAGUGAUUACGAAGACAUGCCUUUACAAAACGGACGUGCUAUUAAAGCAACCGCCAAGUACCAGGAUGAGAGUGACAGUGACUGAUGGGGAUCUCUUGUGUCCCUGUCGGAAAGUCUGAGAAGACAAUACAACAAACUAUCAUGUGUGAAUAAGGAGUACCUGCAUUGGUAAUACGAAAUGGUAUACUUUAAGUGUACAUAAAUAUAUUUUUAAAAAAAGAUAAGUUCAAUGUCAACUGAAUGUACUGUACUUUUACUGAAAGCUGAGGCAUGAAGCCACUCAAACUAUUUUCUCUCCAUUGUUUGUGCUUUCAGUCUCACUGAAAACAAAGAAAACACACUGAUGUAAAACAAUACAAUUUUUUACCAAUUUGUAAACUUUUUUCUCAUAACCAGCAUUUCUUCACAACAUGAUAGUUAAAAGUAAUGGGGAAAAGUGUCAAUAUUAAUUGGGGUUAAUAAGUGUUAUUGUUUUUUUUUGUGAAAUCAAUGUUUUGUUUUGUUUUAAUGUUUUGCAUUGAACCACUGUUGUCUCUCCAUACUUGCACUGUUGUUUUUGUCAUUCCUUUCGACUCUCUUGACCGUCUGAGAUGAAUGAGAAGAGUCUGGCCAAAGCUGACCGUCAUUAUACUUGUGGUAGAAAUUAAAGGAAGCUUGUGCUGCAGCAGCAGUGAAGUGCAGUACAUGUCUCGCGCUGACAUGCUAGAUGAACGGGGAAUUCAAGUACCAUUGUAGUGUUGGCUGUUAACAAAAUAUGUUUGUCCUCAGACAUCUUUAAAAACUAUAUGGAGGGAGCCUUAUCUGGAGUAGGCACUAUUUAUCUCUUACCAGUUCUUUCAAUUCUUCUCUUGGAAAGAUGCUUUGUAAUUGCACUUGUUUAAGAAUUGUAUUUAUUUUGCCGAAGAUUGAUGACAUUUCAUACUGUAUUAUCUGCCUGCUUGGAUGGAUGGAUUUUGAUGAACUGCAUGGAUUUUACACAACUUUAUGUAAAUGAACUACUGAUCUAUCAUAUUAAACAUUUGUUAUCCCUGCUUAUGCAGUUGUUAUACAAUUGGCCAAAUAUAUUUUGCCUUAUGUAAACAUAUUAUUUUAAGUACUCAUUUUUUCUCCUGUAACUUUCCUUAUAUUGCCUACAGUGUGAGACUUGCUGUCCUUUGUUUUGUUUUCUAAAACUGGAGCUUAUGGACAAAAACAGCCAAAACAAAAGUGCUUCUGUUCUUUACGAAUAACAUCUCAACAUGUAUUCUCAUCGAAAUGGUGCCUUGUCUUUACAUCACUCUGUUUUCUUCUGAACAGGCAGCAGUCUCAAAUUUGUAAAUGCUUUGACAUAAAUGUGCAGUUUGGAUUCUUUCAGUGUGAAUGUAGCUUAUGAUUGUUUAAGGUGGUCAGAUGAGGUUGUUGUGGGUCCUUAUAUGUUGGAGGUUCUUGUAAUUUUUGUUGCUCUGUGAGAUAAAAGCUGUACAUGUAGCACUCAGUCAUGUCACAUGGAAAUAAAACAAAUUAUAUACAGCA